CAAGCACCUGUAUGCGCGACCCAGAUGUGCCGUCGCGUCUUUGGCGCCACAUUUGCCCCAUGAAGCGGUUUGCUGCUGGCUGUGUGGGCCCAAGCUGUUACUUACGAUAAACCCCUUCGCGUUGCUGCCACGUGCCAGAUCGUGCCCCCGAAGCCCCGACUCCAAAGCAUGGCCCGCUCCAGCUCGCUGCUGCUCGCCUGCAUGUUUGCGGCCGCCUUGUUUGCGUUCCUCGGCUUGCGUUCCCUGUCGUUUGCCGGCACGUCGUGGGCACCGGCGUUGCGAUCGUCGACUCCGGCCGUCGAGAGGGCCGGUUACGGCGGGAGCUCCGGCGGCAAGAACUAUUGGGAGAAGUGGGAGACCGGGGACUACUACCUGAGGCCCCCGCCGGGCACCUACCUGCAGGGGUUCGAGUACGGGCGGAAUCAGCUGGCGGACGGCCGCACCGCGGGCGACGAGAAGGGCGUGGGCAGCAAGGGCCCGAACGUCAACAUUGUACUCGUGGCAACCGUGUUUUUCUUCGCCUCGGUCUACGCGAACUACGCCGGUUUCUUCAACCCGUGAGGAGGCUCCCGUCGAGCCGAUUUUGAGCGGGCGCGCGCCGGACGCGCAGCGAAGUUUUCGGGGCCCCUUUGGCCGACACUUGCGCCUGGCGCAGUUUUCCUCGAUCCAGCCGCCGAUUCGUUAUAGGCGGUGUUUGAGCGACCUCAGACUGUUGACGCGGCCGCGCCUCUGCUCAGAGCGGGGAGGGCCUCCUCCUCCUCCUCCUCUCCUCGCCUCUCCUCUCCUCCUCCUCCGCCU